UGAGUGUGUGCUUGAUCGAGAUAUUUGUGUUAAGAAGCUUUUCCAGUAAAACCGAAUGAUUUAGUUUACGAGACGGACUCGCUUUACUUUUAUUACACGUGCUAAGAGCGCGGGAUAUUCUUGGACUUUACGUAGAUUCGUACGAUGGAGGAAAAAGCGUCGUUGAAAGAACUUGACCAGUGGAUAGAACAAUUAAAUGACUGCCAACAACUAACAGAAAGCCAAGUGAAAACUCUGUGCGAGAAGGCAAAAGAAAUCUUAGCUAAAGAGUCUAAUGUACAAGAAGUAAAAUGCCCUGUGACAGUAUGUGGAGAUGUACAUGGACAGUUCCAUGAUUUAAUGGAAUUGUUCAGAAUAGGAGGCAAAUCUCCAGAUACAAAUUAUCUUUUUAUGGGAGACUAUGUAGAUCGUGGUUAUUACUCUGUUGAAACUGUUACCUUGCUUGUUGCACUCAAGGUCAGAUAUAGGGAAAGAAUAACAAUUUUACGAGGUAAUCAUGAGUCGAGACAAAUCACACAGGUAUAUGGAUUUUAUGAUGAAUGUUUACGUAAAUAUGGUAAUGCCAAUGUGUGGAAAUUCUUCACGGACCUGUUUGAUUAUUUACCAUUGACUGCACUAGUAGAUGGUCAAAUAUUUUGUCUGCAUGGUGGUUUAUCACCAUCAAUUGAUACAUUAGAUCAUAUACGUGCCCUAGAUCGUCUUCAAGAGGUACCACAUGAGGGUCCAAUGUGUGACCUUUUAUGGUCAGACCCAGAUGAUAGAGGAGGGUGGGGUAUUUCUCCUCGUGGGGCAGGAUAUACUUUUGGACAAGAUAUUUCAGAAACUUUUAAUCAUUCUAAUGGCCUGACAUUAGUAUCACGAGCACAUCAAUUAGUUAUGGAGGGUUACAAUUGGUGUCAUGAUCGUAACGUUGUAACUAUAUUCUCAGCACCUAAUUAUUGUUAUCGCUGUGGAAAUCAAGCUGCAAUCAUGGAAUUAGAUGACGCUUUAAAAUAUUCAUUCCUUCAAUUUGACCCAGCUCCAAGGCGUGGAGAACCACAUGUUACUAGGCGGACACCAGACUAUUUCUUGUAAAGAGUCAAACCCCAGAUUUAAAUAUUAAGGUAGGGGUAUGGAAAUGAUUCAGGCUUUAUAACAAUGCUCCUGAACAUAAUUUAUGGAUAGAACAUCAAUAAAAGUGUGAGGUUCCAACUAUCCUUACACAACAUAUUAUAGUCUCAAGUAUUAUAUCAUGAUUCACUUUGUGAUGUCUCGCAGAGAGACAAAACACACAUCCGCAUAUUUGGCGUGUGUCCAACACCAUACAUCUAGACACAACAUUAAUUGUAUACAUAAAAGAAAGAAACAAACAAUAAUGUACACGCGUAUCAAUUAAAAUUCACAUAUAGCAUUGAGUUCUAUAACUUUCAUUGUACUGCUUGUAUUUUUAUUAUCAAGAAAAAAAAAAGAAAUGAACAUAAUACAUGGAUUGAACGCAAUAAGUAGUGCGAACAAAAAUAUGUGCAUGGUACUGUUUUGAAACCUUGAACAAAUAUUAAUUUAUUAAAACUGUUUAUACAAACAAAAUUAUUUGUUACGUAAACUGAAUAGAAAUAAUGUUGUUUAAGGUUUCAAUAAGCAUACCAAAAAUGAUCAUAGUUUAUAUUUAAGAGAGUGUCACGUAAUUAUUAAUACGAAUGGAGCGUGAAAUGUUCCGCCUCAAGAAAAUAUAAAAAGGGUUGAUGCAACAGUAAAUUUGGCAUAUACAAGUUGUGCCAUAUAAGCAAUUUAAUAAGUUCUUUAGUGGAUUUUUUAAUUGAUUGUAAUAUAGUAUUACACAUAAUGAUUCAUUAGAAUCAUAGUACCUAAUAAUUUCGCUAUUUUUAAGUUGUUUUAUUAAGCGCAUCAAAACAUAAUUUUUAUAAAUCACAUUUUUCUAAUCGUACUAACAUAAUAAAUAAAACUGCAAGCUGGUCAAUUGUGUCUAUCCUAUAAUAUUUAUUCUAUUUCUAAAGGUUUUUAUUUUCUGAACCUAUUGGAACAGGUAUAGUUUCUAAAUCUUUAUACAUAUGAAUUUAAGCGCACGACUAUCUUGUGAUUUGUAAGGAAAUAGCAAAACUUUUGCAUCAAUCCUAUAAAAAAAUUCCUAACUGAAAUACACACACUUUAUACGAAAUGAAUUCAUGCAUUCACGAUCAUUAAAUUGGAAAUUAAUUGCUCAUGAUCCUACCAAUUUACCUUUUUACUAAUUAAUAGGUAUAAAAUGAUGCUUUUGAUAAAUAAACAUGUGUAAUGCAAGUCAAACAAACUUCUUGUGUUGUGUCAAAUCAUUCAUAUUCAUCAGUACACAAACAUUGUAUACAUGAGCAUCGGAUGAAUUUGCAAAAUACAUAUGUUCAUAGAAGUAAGCAUGUAAUUUGAGCAUAUGCAUAAUGAAACAAACGAUACAGUAGAAGUAAUAAGAUGAAAAAGUGAAAUGUAUAGAUGCACACUAUAGCAAUUUACUAAGACUGUAAAUCUAAAAGAAAAUAGCACAGAAACCAUAAUAUUAUGGAUACAGCAACCCCUUCUGCAUGAUGCAGAGCUGAGCAUUUUUUGUUUUGUUUUAUAUCACAUAUUAAACACAUUCAGUGAUUGAUGAUUGAUUAUAAAAAAACUAAGAAUAAAAUUUCCUACAUAGAAUGAAAAGAAAAAUUGUAGUAUUAUAAUAGAAGGAAAUGAGUUAAUUAGAAAUAAGGCUUACAUGAAAAUCAGUAAUAGAUCUUAGAACUUGUAUAGCUAAUUUUGUAUUCACUCUAUUUAUUCUCUCUUCUUAAAGUAUUUCAUAUAAUGAAUAAAUUUCAGUACCAGAGACAAACUUAUUAGCUGUUAAAUUCGCUACAAGACUUUGUAAGCUAAUUAUUUUUGAGUUAUCAAGUUUUCAUUUAUGUUUUUCCUAUUUCUAAUCCAAUUUUGACACUGAAUAUCAAACUUAGAUUACAUGCAGAUUUUGAUAAAAUAUUUAUUGUCUUCAAUUAAGAUAAAUCGAACAAAAUAUGCUUUUAUCGGAAGCUGAUUGAUUGAUUGAUCACCAAUGCACAUGCAUAAAAUCAAUUCAGAACUCGAAAUGUCUCAAACACGUUUGUUGUGUAUAUAAAUUUGGGGUAAUAUGAUCAGUUUAUACCUGUAUAUAAUUAUUGUAUAUGACAUGCUUACUACAUUUUGUAUAUAUCAAUUCAAAAUAACGCUUUCUAUAUCUUUUACAACGUUUUAUAUUAGCCUGAACAAAUGCUUUGAACUGUGAAUUAUGUGUGUGUAUUUGGUUUUUAACUUUCAGCAUGCUUCGCUGAUUUUAGACUUCGGGUAUCUUCGAAAUAUUCAGUUACAAGCAUUAAACGGGUUUGCAAAAUCUGUAUUUAGACAGAAAAUGCUGAAGCAAAGAAAACAGUAUGCCAUGAACUGAUAUUAUGUCGCCUCAUUAUAAACAAAGCUGGAGAAAUAAAGAGAUGUUAUCAUA